AUGACAGACACUCCAUGUAAUCUAAUCUAAUAUAUAUUAAAAAAACUGAUUAAAAAAAAUGCUGUUUAACAAUGAGUAAUGCAUAAUCAUUGACAUGGUGAAGCUUUCUGUAAGUAGACAUUUAUUAACAUGGAAGGAGUCUCCAGUGUCAGUGCUUUGUAACAGUAAGUUUUCUGCCACAGGAGUGUUCAGGACAGAGAACUUUGUGCUCUCUGCUUUGAAAUCUGUGUGUGUGUUGUCUUUAAAAGAGAGAGAAGAAGAGAUGCUGGUGAGGGAAUGACUGCUUAUAGCUAAUAUAACACAAGUGAUACCAGGAACUUGUUUCCUGGACGUUCCACAACAUUAAAUGUAACUAUAUAUGGUUUAAAAAAAAAAAAACAUGUUUAUGAAUAAAUAAAAAAACGGCAAUCGUUGGUGAAUCACCGUUGUAUAAGAGGAAUAAAUAUUGUUAUAGGAAAAUGAUCUAUAUCAGGGAGGUAACAGUAACUGUUUCAUAUCAAGCCACAUCACACCACCCCAUCGUUGAUUGUUUUCCUAUAACACCAUGUCAUGCAGUGUUUUAUUCCUCACUUAAACAUGAUUCAGUUUUUCUUUUUCAGCUACAGAGCACUUUAAAAAAAUAAAAAUAAAAGUCUUCGGAAGAAGCUUUUAUUUUGAAGACGGCUCACACGCUUGUUGUCUGUUUUUUGCUUCUAUCAUGGUUGGUGUCUCAACGUUUCAUUGACGUUACAUGCGCGAAUUUAUAAACACGGUAAAGAAAAAUGGCACUUUCAGAAGACCUGCUGGCUCAGAGGAAUAAGUUAGAGAAUGAGAUUUUGGCUCUGGAGAGCACUCUGGGAAAUGGCAGUAACAUUGCAGACUUGCUGUCUUCAGACAGUGACAGUGCUGAGGAGUCGGAUGACAGUGGACACGCAGGGCGGGAUGUUGCACACGAGGACCUGGAAGCAGAGCGACAGCAAAUCCAGAGGGAGAUCGAAGAGUUAGAGCGAACGCUCGGUGCAGACGCGGGUCUUGUUGAUGCCCUGACAGACAGCGAACAUGGCAGUCUAAUGGAUUCUAAUGACGAGGAUAGUGACGAGGAUUUGGAGCUUCCUCAAGAUUUGGAAACUUGUCUUCAGAUGAAUUUGGUUUAUCAGGAGGUGCUGAAUGAAAAACUGGCUGACUUGGAGAGGCUUCUUAAAGAAAAUCGUGAACAGCAGAAAGAGCUUGAAGAGCAGCUCUCUGGUCCGUCAUAUGUCUCUCCUGGCCUGCCUCAUCUCAAACUGUUCCUUGGCAGCUUUAUGAAACCAUAUUUCAAAGACAAGCUGACUGGUUUGGGCCCUCCAGCCAAUGAAGAAACUAAAGAGAGGUUGACUCAUGGGACCAAGCCUUGUGAUGAAAUGAAAAUUAGAAGAUGGGAGCCAUGGCAAAAAACGUUGCUGAUCAACUCCGUAGUCACAGACACUAUGAAGCGCAUGUUGCAGCCCAAACUGUCAAAGAUGGAGUACUUAACUGCAAAGAUGUCUAAAGCAAGAGAUGCUGAAAAAGAAGAACUACAAAACCAAAUUACUCUUUUAGAGAAGGACAUCACAGAAAUAAGGUCAAUGAAGGAAGAUCAGCUGUAUGGGGAUCGCCAUGACGAUCAUGAUUGGGACAAAAUAUCAAAUAUUGAUUUCGAGGGCCUUCGACAACCUGAUGAUCUGAUGAGAUUCUGGCAGAAUUACUUGCAUCCCUCCAUUAACAAAUCAACAUGGAGUCAGGAUGAGAUUGUGAAGCUUGAAGACGUUGUGGGAAAGUACAUGUGCUGCAACUGGGACCAAAUUGCAGAAUCUCUUGGAACCAAUAGGACAGCUUUCAUGUGUUUCCAGACAUAUCAGCGCUACAUCUCUAAACAGUUCAGGAAGAGAGAGUGGACUACAGAGGAGGACCAGGUCUUCAGAGAGCUUGUGGACAAGAUGAGGAUUGGCAACUUCAUACCGUAUACUCAAAUUUCAUACUUUAUGGAAGGUCGUGAUAGUUCCCAGCUCAUCUACCGUUGGACGUGUGUUCUGGAUCCCUCGAUAAAGAAGGGACCUUGGACAAAAGAGGAGGACCAGUUACUGCUGAAUGCUGUAAAGAAGUAUGGCUGCAAGGAGUGGUGGAAGAUUAGACUGGAAGUACCUGGAAGGACAGACAAUUCAUGCCGAGACAGAUAUCUGGAUUGCCUCCGAGCUGAUAUAAAGAGAGGCACAUGGAGUAAUGAAGAAGUGGAACUGCUGAAAAAACUGGUAGAGAAAUAUGGUGUUGGUAAAUGGGCUAAGAUCGCCUCUGAAAUUCCAAACCGGGUCGACAGCCAGUGUUUGAACAAGUGGAAAUGGAUGAUGCAGACAGCUGAUAAAAAAGGUGUAAAGAGAGUAAGAGUAAGAAAGAGUUCAGUAAAACAUGAGCCGCAGCUGAAGAGGAAGUGUGUGAGGCAGAAAAAGGUCAAAAAAGAAAGAGAAGAAGAAGAAGACUUUCAAACUGAAAGCGACACCUCCGAAGAUGAAAAGGAGCAAGUGCCAUACAUGGACAGUGAUGAUGAACAGGCAGUAGAAAAUGUCUCUUCAGAUGAGGACUGUAAACUAGAGUACGUCCAGCCGGACAUGAAGGACUGGAUUCCUGCACGUGGGAACAAGCUGGCGCGUUCUCCAGGGAAACUGAAGACCGUGUUGGUAAGGAUGCUCACUGAGGCGGAAGAGAGUGCUAGAGGUUGUGUACGGAACACUGUGCUGGACACAACGGGGAAACCUGUGAAGACUUAUGUCGGUAUGGAACCACCCGCUUUACAAAAACAGAAUUCAAGCAGUGAGCCCGCCAUGAUCAUGGUGUCUGAAAGUGAUGUUAAACACAUGCUGAUUUGCAUGAGAGCUUCUGUCAUGAAAGUGAGAACACCAAAAACCAAAACCAGAUUGUCUUCACGUACAAAUCAGAACGAUGCCAAAAAUGACGAAGAGGAGGACAAGAGUGAAAUGGAAAGCAGUCAGAGAAGAAGAUGUAAAUCUGUCCCCAAGGCUGUAGCCACCACCCAACUGAGCUAUGAUCUCAUGUUAGCCAUUACUCCAUGGGUUGGCAAUGUGCUAAUGCCUUUAUCUUUCAAUGAGAGACGGGUUUGUGAAGCUGACAUUGUUCAAAAAAGAGCAGCAGAUGUUCCUCUUGUAAAAUCAUCUGUGUUUUUGCUUUUUCUGCAGGCUCUUAAAAUUGAUACUGAUGGUUGCAAGAAAGUCAUCGAGGCCCGCAGAGACAAAGUGUCCUUGACACCAGGACCUGAAUCGAGACCCUAUGCAGCCAAGAAGCCUACUCCAGGUGCCUACCAUCAUAUUAAGACCGUAGCAGACAUACUUGCCGAGAGAACAGAGCACAAGGAACAUUCUAGGCCCCUGCAGACCCCUGAGUUUUUAGAACCACAGUUACUUCCACAGCCAGCCAAAAUCGCAAUUCUUCCAAGGCCUCAGCAGCAAAGCAAAACAAAACAGGUCAUGCAGUCUGCUAGUCAGACGAUAAAUGCUACCUUGAUACUUCCCCAGAAUUUCAUUGUUGCCCAGCCAAAUACAGAUAACAAAGUGGGCACUUCAAAUAAUGCGGUACAGGGAAUUUUACCUCUUCUGCAGUUGGGUACACAAGAUGUAUCAAAAAUUCCUCAGCCAGGACUAAAUUUGGCAAUACCAGUAGAAUCUGGGAGGGUGACACAGCCAGCAUCCUGUCCCACAACCUCAGUGUCCACAACUGGACCACCUACAGAGACUUUAGAGGAAGUGAGCAGUCCAAGACGCAAACACAAACCCACAAUGAAAGCUCAAGCCUUGAUGGACAAUAAAAGAGCCAAGCUCGCCAAGAAACAGGCAGCUAAAAAACAAGAAAACAGUAAUGUAACCCAGACAGUGGCUGUUCUACCACAGACUACAGCCUGGAUUCUCACCCCUGCUGGUUUAAUGCCUGUUGCUGGAAUUCGGGUACAAGCUCCUGGCAUCCCUGGUAAUCAAAACCAGGUGACGCCAAACAAUGUUCAGAUGGUAUUUCAACCACCUGUCAUAGUCAACCAGAGUAGUUGUGUUGCACGUACCAAUGCCAUAAGACCAAGCAAUCCAACACCUAAUUUACCUAGAAAUAAUAAUAUAUCUCUGACUGCUGGAUCAAAUCUCAGUCAUAACCGUAGGCCUUCCUCUGACUCAGACAACCACAUUGUUUCUUCACUUCCCUCUUCUUCUAAUUUCCCCAGUGUCAUUCGAGCUGCUGUCAUAAAUAUACCCAGUGUUUCUCAAGUUCUACCUGACACAAAUGGGCCAACAUCCAUUAAAGGAUCCGCAGCCCAUGUUCCCCCUUCUAAAACUGCAUGUAAUCAAAACAAACCUGUGACUCCCAUGAAUCCCAUGUCUUCUCUGAUUCCUGUUUCAUCGUCCCCUGUGGGAACUGAUCAAAACCUUACACCAUCAUGUAUUUCGGAUGCAACCAACAAUGUUCCCAAUGUCUCUUCAGUGUCUGCUGUCACAAGUACACCAUCUGUCCCUUCUGUCCAUCAGCUGAACAUUUCUGGUCCUGGUACUGUUCCAGGUCCUCAAAGCCAAAGAAUGCCACGUCCUGUUUCUCAGGUAGUAUUUCAGCAACCAAUCAUAGUAAACCAAAAUGGCUCGUUGGCGCUCAUCAACACUGCAGAGGCCUGCCUAGCUAAUGCUCCUCCAGCUGCUACUGCAAAUGUUUCUAGGGUUCCAACUAACUGUACAGCACCUAAUAUCAAUAAGAGCCUCCCAAGGUCUUCUACCGAGGGUUCUUUGGCACUCAUCAAUGCUGCGGGACCCUGCCUAAUUAAAAAUGCCUCUCCAACUGCUUUUAGGGUUCCACCUAACUCUGCAGCAGCUAAUAUCAAUAAGAGCCAUCCAGCGUCUUCUACUAAGGGUUCUUUGGCACUCAUCAGCGCUGCAGGACCCUGCCUACCUAAAAAUGCCCUUCCAACUGCUACUGCAAAUGUUACUAGGGUUCCACCUAACUCUGCAGUACCUAAUAUCAAUAAAAGCCUACCAGCAUCUUCAGCCUAUUCUAUAAUCCCCACUUCUGCACCCUCUUCUGCUGUGAAUGGAACAUCACAUGCAACUCCACAGUCCAGUGUUGUGAAUAGUCCUGUUACAAGCAAUGUAGGUGGCCUUCCAACAGAUCAGUUGUGUGUUAAUUCACUUACCAGUCCUAUGACCACUAGUUGUCAAAUUUUGCCUCAAACCGUGGUUCAGCAGAUGCCCCCCCAAGACGAAAAGCAAACUGUUUGGAGAGCAGCUACCACAUCUAAUCCCAGUCCAAAACAAAUUACUUUUGACCCUAGCUUGAUGUUCUUCGAGCAACCAGCUCAAGUGAAAAACUGGAUAAAGGGGAAUGGUGGAAUUACACUGCCUGGACUGGAAGACAAAAUGCCUUAUCUUCCCCCAUUUGUUAGCAGUAUCAAUACACUGACCACUUUGCUUAAAGGAAGAGAUUCUUUGUUGAACUCAGCAGUGCAGCUCCUGCCUGAAGAACACAGAGAUAACAGUGAGGAAGAAGCUAAGAUAGCUGCUGUCCGAAAGAUGGUCUCUGAGACGUUUAAAACCAACCAAGCAUAUUUGCUUUUGAAGGCUCGCUUCCUGUCAUGUUUUACCUUACCUGCCCUCUUGGCCACUAUAAAUCCGUGCAUAGGGUCGGCAGAUGAUCUGGGUCAGGAAGACAAUAUGGACAAAGUCAAGCCAACACACUUUGGAGAUGAAGAUCAGAUCAAAGCAUUGGGGUCUCUGCUCAACAUGGAAGAAAGUGAAUUAACAGCAACACAGUGUCCUGGGAGUGAGCCAAGAAAUCAAACUGACACUCAUAUAAGUGCAUAGCAUAUGAGUGGGAGCAAGAUAUUUGUAUUAUUUUAUUAUGACAAUAUGUUUAAUAUGAUGUUAAUCACAAUGUUCAAAAACAGUUCAUGUUGAAAAUAUGUAAAGUUUUUUAUGAUUUAGUUCACAGAGAAAUAUAAGACUGAGUGCACAAAUGU